AACAAAAACAAACCCAAUAACUGGAAUCCAUUUGCUUUUAGAAACUGGACCAGCACAAAGACAGUAUAUUGGGAUGGCUAGCAAUCAAGCAAAGUCACUUCACAAACAAGAAAAACUCUUGUGUUAUAAUGGGGAAAUCCUUGUUUUUCACCUGGAGGGAGAUUUUGCGGAUCACAGGCCUGCAGAUGGAUCCAUAUUACAUGUCAGAAGAAUGGUGUUUGAAAGCCGAACGAGUACGUUUAUUCUGAAAUCCACUGGCUUUUUUAACAUGAAGGAGAGUUAUUCUCAAUUAAAAAUUCUAACUUGUAACUCUGUGUCAGAUUUCAGAACUGGAAUCAAUCUCCCUUGCAUUUUGAUACAAAACACAGACUAUAAUGAUGUUUUCAAUUAUUAUCUACUACUACUUCACAGAACCAACAAAUUUGAAAGGUGUUUGAGUUUCAAACUAAGCUAUGAGUUGAAGGAUGACUUGUGGGUCCUUAAUGGCCCUCUAGUUUUUUGGCAACAUCUCAAAACAUUCUUUUGUGUCUCUUGCCAAAGUGGGAAAGUUACUAAUGUGUCAGUAAACUUUUCCUCUAUUAAGUGGAUAGGUGAGAUUGAAAAUCGAGGUAUGGUUUUAUUAGGACUAACAGAACAUUUUUCAUUUGAGAUAGGAUCUACUCCAAAGCAUUCAAAAUCAGAUUAUGCAGUUUGUAAUACCAAAUUUUGUGCUUAUGCUCUUGAAAGUCAAGAAAUACUAAGUGAUAGAUACAUUGUUCCUCCAAUUUAUAGUCAUGUGGUGACCUGUGUGCAUGUCUGCACAACUGAGAUGGUGGACAAUCAGUUAAGAAUGUCUCUGGUCGUCCUUACUCAAAAGAAUCAACUCAUUUUAUUUAGAAAUGGCAGUCCUAAAAGUGAGUGUCACCUUCCAUUUCCUGACCCUUGUGCAGUUCAAGUCCUAGAUUCAGGUAAAGGAAAGCUCUUUUUCAUUGUGUCAUUUAGAUCCAAUGAUGCUUGUGCUAUUUCGGAGAAGACGUUCCAGGUUGUUGCUAAGUGGGAAAAACUUACCUCAGUGCUGGUAGAUGACUUCAUUGGAGCUGGAACUGAGCAGGUGCUACUCGUUUGGGCAGACGGUCCGAGCUCAGCUCCACUGACAUCAUUUAAAGUAACAGAUCUUAUAAACUACUCAAGUGACCCACUGGAUUACCAGGGAGAUUCCUUAAUGGAAGGCCAACAUAAGAAUUGUCACUUGGUGGUUUCACCUUUGGAAGUAAAAUGCAAAGCUGAUUUUACUUUCAUUCGAGGGUUAAAGCAGCAUCUCUUGCUUCAGGAAAAUAUUAUUGCAAAAUCUUGGCAAGUCUUGAUAAACUUAAUUCAAGGAAAAGAUAGUAGUACAUCAAAUGAAGAGGAGGAAUCUCUCGUUCCCUUUUUUGAUGAAGAAGAAAAUUGUGUGUAUCAUACUGCUGAUGAAAACUUGCCAGACAAUUUUCAAGAUCCAGAACUUGUAGUGGAGAAGACGUGGUGCCAUGUACUGGAUGAUAGCUUAGUUGUGGGAGUGAAAAUCAAAUCUCUGAAACUAUCUUCGAAUGAUAUGACUUUAUCGCUGUUAAUAGAUCAAAGCUGUGGCUCCAACUUUCAGCUUAUUAAGUGUCAAAGUAGGGUGAUUAAUAUGGAUUGUUUCCCAGAGCCAUACUUGACACCACGUGAAGUAGAACCAGAGGUAAAAAGGAUCAAGUUGACUGCUGAUAGCAAAGAAGAUGAAAGCCAUUCUUGUGGACAGCCAUCGAAGAAAGGAUCUGUAUACAUCAUCACUGCUGUCACGUCUCUGCCACCUCUGUUAGCAUUCAGUAAAUUUUAUUGCACUGUGCUGCUACAUUUGAGUGAGAGAGAGGGUGAUGGAUGUGCCGAAUCUCAUUGUAUUCCAUGUGGCAGACUUCUUCUGAGGCUGGAAGAUCUUUCGCAUAGGAAAUACCUAUUGACAUUUCCAAAGAAGAAUUCAGUUGAGAACAUGGAAGAUCUUUUUUCACUUCUUGCAGUAUUGCACAAAUCGUGUUUUUAUGUGACAUCACCACACUAUACCUUGAAUUUAAUGAAGACGUGGCUUUCGGAAUACAUGAAAUGUGAAGUUAUUAAAGAAUUUCCAGAAAUAUACUUGCAUAAAAAGCUUGAAAAUUGUUAUGAGAUCCUCUUACACUGGAAACAAAGAACAGCAUUUGAAGGAAUCUUAGUACUAUACUGCAGGAGUCAAAGAGUUUUGCUGCAGUGCCUUCAUGAUCUCAUCCUAGCUCUCCCUGUAAAGUGUAAUUUCAGAUAUCUGAAAUUCAGAAGUGAGGAUUUCCUAAUUGAUCAUUUGGCAUUGGCUUUGGAAAGAGAACUUGUUACCCUGAGUUCUCUUUCUACAUUGGCCUCAGAUAAUGUUAGAAACAAAUUGGUGCAGGAGUGUGAAGCAAGCCCACAACAGCAUAGUGCUCUGUCUCCUCCAUCAGCCAGCAAGGACUUGAUCCAUCUGCACAGAACAGAAGUUCACAAAGAAAGGUCUAUGAUGGGCCCCAAUCUUAAAAGUAUUGUCUCUUUUCAGAUGGCAGAACCUUGGAAUGACUCAGAAGGCACCAUAGUGGUGAGAAGUGACACAAGAGUGACACAGUCCUAAAACAGCUCUAUCACACCUUCCAAGGCUCAGGGUCCAUUGCGGAAGAGGUGGCGGAAAGAAUGUAAGAGCCAAAGGAAAUGUAGGACUGCUUACAAUGCACUCUUCCAGACAUAAAAU